UUUCAUAUUUGAAGAACAUAAAAUGAAGAAAAAGUCUGUCUGGAAAAAAAACUUUUGGGAAGAUGAAACAUAUCUAGGUUCAUUUGAAACAUUACAUAUUAUCCACUAUUAAAUGCUCACUGUAAACUUCUAAAUUUAAAACAGUGGCCCGUGCAUAUUCAAAACUGUGGUUUUGAUCAUCACAAAAAAAUCAAUUCACUGAGAUUUUAGAAUUUAUUCACCUCAGGACUAAACACAUAUCUUGCCUGCACUAAUGUGAAGGGUGAGACUGAGCUCUUCACUGCAGUAUGUAGGCCUAGUCCAGGUCUGGCUCAAAAACAGUGGUUUUGAUGCGCAAGACGUCACGCAGGUGAGUCACUAAGUCUCGUCCUCACGCGGCUCUUGUUAAUGUUCAUAACCGAGAUUGUCUUCUCGCACAAGUAUGUGGAGCCAAACAAGCUCAGCAUUUUCUUAGCAAAUGUUCAAAUCUCUUGGAACCUGCCUUCAUCCAGCUGGAGGUAGAAGUUGACAAGAGGGAGCUGUUGGUGCCGACUGCUUCGUAAUUCAGCGGGAAAAUACUCCAAUUUCCACUUGUCCUGGAAGCGGCGGCCCUCGCUGUCAACUUUUCUGUUUUUAGUUACAGUCGCCAUGUCAGAAAUGGGCUGAAAGGGUCACACAAGGGUCGAGAGUGCGGCCACAGGUCUACUGCCAUCUUCUGGUGAAAUAUUUCCAUUCACACUUUGAGAUGCAGCGUAUAUCUACAGGGCUUCGCCUACCUCCUCUCCUCUUCUUCUUCCUCCUCUUCUUCCGACCUCUGACCUCAGGGGACCUGGAGGAGGUGGAUAAUGUGCCAGUGGAGGUCAUCGUGGACAGCUCCCCCUGCAGCACCACUUGCGGGCUGGGGCUUAAAACUCAAACCCUGUGUUUGAUGAAAGACGGCGAGAGAGCGAUGGAAGAAGGCGGGAGGAGUGGAAACGGAGCAGAGGUGUCGGAGGCGUGUCGUGUUCGCAAGGUCAAGUGUCAGGAGUCGUGGCAGUGCGGCCUCAGGACGAUGACUGUGACUUCAGGGCAGAGGGUGGAGAUCGACUGUCUGGGAGAAGUCAUGCAGGCGAUGGGGAGGUUCUCCUGGAGGGUGUUGUGGCGUUAUGCCAGAGGGAUUAUCAGCUCUGAUGACUCCCUGUUUGAUCGCUGGGAGGCUCCUCAGCUGGACCGAGUGAUUCUGGACCCAGUUAGAGAGGAGGAUGCAGGUACUUAUCGCUGCGAUGUGCAGGAUGCCGUCUUCCGCAGGGUGAAGAGGGUUUACUGGGGGAUCCGCGUUUUACCUGCAGGGGUCCUCAAUCUGGACUAUGACUGGAAACCAGCAAAACCAGACCGUGUAGCACCAGCAUAAGAUCGCCAGUCUUAUCGCGGUGGUGGUAAGAUGCAGGGAAGAAGAAGACUGUUAGUAAGUAAACAUGGAUGUGAACAAUGCUGGUUUCAAAUGUUUAAUUAAGGCUUUCCAAAUGUGAUGAAAAUGCAUUCAACAUGUUUGUCAGACCUCAAGGGUAACCAUAAA